UACAGCAAUUAAUCACCAUGCCACAAAAGGGGAUAACGAAUUAUAUUUUGCUCGUAUUUAUUUGCAUUUAUUUUUCAAAAUCAGCAGGCAAUUUAAAUAAUGAAUGCAGCACUGAUAAGGAUCCUUUCAUAAAACUUGGCAAAAAAUAUUAUUUAAUUAAUGCAGCAGUUCAGCUAAAUUGGCAUCAAGCCUUUCUCUUUUGCCGCACCUAUAGCAGUGAUUUGGCCACAAUCGAAUCGGAGGCGGAAAUGAAUGCUUUGUCCUUCUAUUUAGCCAAAAAUGGUCAUUCAAGCAAACAUUUUUGGAUUGGCGCCACUGAUAUAGCUGAAGAGGGUAAAUUUAUGUCUUAUAAAAGUGGUCGUCCUAUGGUCUAUACUAAAUGGUCCGGUGGACAACCGGAUAAUGCGGGUAAUAUAGAAGAUUGUGUACAUCUAUGGCAUAUCAACAACAACAAUAUGUUCGAAAUGAAUGAUUGGUCUUGCGCCGAUGGUAAGAACAUCAUUUGUGAGCUGCCAAAAUCAGCGAAAUGUUGUUGGAAAAAAUUUCAAACUACGGAUUUAGGAAACUUGCAGAAAGACUUACAAUAUUGGAAGAGCGAAAGUAACCAAACACUGUAACUUUUAUAGGAAUUGAAACGGUUUUGCAAAGUGGUAUUGAAAAAAUUAUCUUAAAAAAAUCUUAUUAUAUGCUAUUAUAUGA